UUGUCAAGGCCGACAAGAAGCACCGUGCUCUCUUCAUUGCCAAGAGACCUACUACCUUCUAUUAAGCUUGUUUGUUUUAUUAAAACGACUCUUUUUCUAAAAUAGAGAGGAAUAUACAGAAAAGAGGUUUUGCUUGAAGUUUUGUCUUUAUCAUUGUCUUCGUGUGUGUGUGUGAUGCUGUCAAUUAUUGUGAUAGAUCAACAGUUUUUCAUUUAUCAAUCGUCCACACAAUUUUCAUUAUUUUUGUCUUUCUUUCAAAAUAAUAACACCAUGGAGAACUCUCCACCGUUUGAGGAAAUAUGUAAAGUACUUGAUGCUCUAAGUGAAACAAAAGGAACAACCCAGAAAAAGGAGAUCUUUAACAAAUACGUAAACAAAUGGAGAUCUAAUUAUGGCCUUGACUUUUAUGAUGCCAUGAGACUAUUUCUUCCCAAGUUGGAUAUAAGAGAAUAUGAUCUAAAAGAGGAUGCCCUUGCAGUGAGAUUAGUAAAAGCAUUAGGACUGAAUCCUUCUUCAGAUCAUGGACAACAUUUGAAGAAUUGGAGAUUGCCAUCCAAGAUUAGCGCUGUCUGUGGUGAUCUUCCAAACGUUGCUCAUGAAAAAAUAAAAGACAGGUCAAAUGUCUCCUUCAGUACAAAGACAAUAAAGGAGACGCAUGAAAUUUUGGAUGAAUUGGCCAAUAGCAACAGUAUGAAUAAUCAUGUACAAAUUUUGAAACGAAUGAUAAAAGCAUAUACUCCAUCGCAGAUCCGCUGGUUGCUUCGUAUUAUUGUCAAAGAUUUGAAAAUUGGAAUGACAGAGAAUUCUAUUCUUGGUUCAUUUCAUAAAGACGCAAAGGCUGCCUAUGACAGUGGACAAAGCCUACGUUAUAUAUGUAAUGAAUUAACAACUAAUACUGCAAAGUUCAAUGAUGAACAUAUCUCGAUCUUUUAUCCUUUAAAACCACAACGUGGAGUGAAGAACUCGGAUGAGGAAUUAAAAAAGUUCUUGAAUGAUAAUCAACAACUAUUCAUUAAGCGCAAUAUUAAAGAAACUCCCUACUGUUACGUAGAAGAAAAGAUUGAUGGUGAUCGUAUGCAAAUGCAUUAUGAUCCUGAAGCAGACAAAUUCAUGUGGUUUACAAGAAAUCAAAAUGAUUUUACUGAGCGUUUUGGUCAUAGCUCAAAAGACUAUGGCAGAUUAUCUAGCAAAAUAUAUAAAGGUUUACCUUCAAAGCGAGUCAUACUUGAUGGUGAAAUGGUAGCACAUGAUCCCAAAACGGGCAUCAUACUGCCCUUUGGGACAGUAAGAACAUCAACUCAAAAUGAUCCAUGGGAUUCUGAUGAUUCGCAACCUUGCUUCAUUGUCUUUGAUAUUCUCUGGUUUGAUGAUAAACUGAUGAUGCAAUAUCCGCUAGAGGAACGCAUCUAUCUUCUUAAUUCACUUAUCACUUCUCAAGGCAGUUAUCUGAAAUUAAUACCUAGAAAAAAGCUACAUACAAAGGAGGAGUUGAUGAAUGAACUGAAUGCAGCCAUCGACAUGCGCAUGGAAGGAUUAAUGGUUAAAAUGCCGUUUGCAAGAUAUGACAUGAAAAAGACAAAUGCUUGGCUCAAGUUGAAGCCAGAUUACAUGGAUGCACUUAUUGAGAAUUGUAAUUUGCUUGUUGUUGGUGCCAAAUAUGGUACAGGAAAAAGAAGUAAUAAAUUGGCUCAAUUCUUUUGUGCUGUAAGAGAUGAUACUAUUCCUGAGACUGAAGAGCCAAGAUUUAUAUCCUUUUCAAUGGUUGGGAUUGGAUUUACAAAUGAAGAUUUCACUCAUUUAAAUUCCUUAAUAUCUUCACAAACGAGAUAUAAUCCUAAAAAUCAACCCAAAUGGCUUGUACAUCCAAACAACUCAUCUGAAAAGCCAGAUAUCGUUAUUGGUUAUAAACAAAACUUAAUUAUAGAAACGAAAGCAAAUUCAAUUGUAAAAUCCAGUCAAUGGGGUAUGCAAUGUGCAUUAAGAUUUCCUCGAUUUGUCAGAGUAAGAGAGGAUAAGAAUUGGCAAGACAUUACGACGGUUACAGAUAUACAAAAAGCAAAGCAUGAAGGACUGGCCGGGACAAAACGAAAGACAAAAGAAAGCCAAAGCUCUCAGAAACAGCUGACAAAGAAAAAAAAGAUAUCAAGAUCACUUGCACUUGUAGAUACCCAAAGAGGACUUGACUCAUCCAAGAUAUCCAAAAAGACAGCCAUAUUUGAGGCAUUGAAGAUAUUUAUUGCAUCCGGAAACGGAGAGUAUCCUAAACAAGAGCUUGAAAAAUUGGCUAUUGAAAAUGGCGCUGAAUGCGUACAAAACGCAGAUGCUUCAGAUAUUGUCAUUGCAGGAAACGCAAAUUAUCAUGUCCUGAGUUUAAUCAACUCUGGAAAGUAUAAUAUUUUAUCAUUCCAAUAUUUUCUUGAUUGUGUUAAAGAGAAGGAUUUAUUAGACAUUGAGCCCAGAUACACAAUUCAUAUAACAGACGUGACUAGACAAGAAGUGAUGGAGUAUAUUGAUGACUGGGGAGACUCUUACACCAAGCUUGUGAGUGAAGAAAGAUUAGCAGAGGUCUUAAAAAAGAUGACUCUAGAUAAUAGAAAUGAAGAGUACUAUCGCAAACUAGUCUCUGAGCAUGCUGAAAGGUAUUUUGACAGUCAUAUUCCUGGCAUGUUAUUCCUCAAGGUGAUCGUAUAUUUUGAUCAAGAUGCAAAAAUGACAUUGACAAGGCUAGACAGCUCAUUAACAGCAGAUUGGAUUAAAAAGAAAAAAUCUUGGGACAAGUUGGAGCUAUUAUCCAUCCGAUUCAAAUCUGAAGGAGGUUUAAUUCGAGAAAUACCAACUGAGGACGUCACACAUGUUGUAUUCAAUAAUCAAGACCUUUGUAGACUUGAAGAAUUGACCAGGACUUUUCGAAGGGAACGGCUGCCUCGGUUUGUAACUUCUGAAUGGAUUGAAGCGUGCCUAGAAAAUGACACUAUUGUUGAUGAAUCCGCAUUUGAGCCAAAAAUACCAACUGCUUUGCUUCAAAAGGAUAUGUCUAUAUAGUAAUAUGUGUAUAUGUAUAUAUCUUAAUUUUACUAGAGUCUAUCGAAACACAACAAAGCGCUUAUUGCUCUUCAUUAAUUAAACUUUCUUCUACCAAUUCACUCAUUGAUAGAAAGUGCUCUCCUCUUCAUCCUGAACUACUACAACGCAUGUACUGCUAUACGGUUAAAUAGUCUUUUAUUUACAAUUAAAGUCUCAAGUGGGCGUACGAUAAUAAUAAUAUAUCUUCUUCGCCAGAGGCAGGUCAAAAGAGAAUAAAAAAUUGGUAACUAAAAAACCUUAUGGGAUCAAGGGUAAAAAAGUUAUUGAAGAAACGAUGUUGGGGCAAGCGUAA